AUGGCGGCAGCUGCGCCGGCGGCCGCGGGCGAGGAUGGCCGGCGGCGGCUGCCGGGGGCCGCGCUGGACAUCCAGCCCCAGGAGGGGGCAAAAGUUGAGGCUGAGUCCGGGGAGCUCGUGCGGCUUCGGGCUGAGCUAGCAGGCGCCCUGGCAGAAAUGGAAACCAUGAAGGCUGUGGCCGAGGUGAGCGAGAGCACGAAGGCCGAGGCUGUGGCGGCGGUGCAGCGGCAAUGCCAAGAGGAGGUGGCCUCGCUGCAAGCCAUCCUGAAAGACUCCAUCAGCAGCUAUGAAGCCCAGAUCACGUCUCUGAAGCAGGAGCGGCAGCAGCAGCAGCAGGACUGUGAGGAGAAGGAGCGGGAGCUGGGGCGCCUGAAGCAGCUGCUCUCUCGGGCUCACCCCCUGGACUCCUUGGAGAAGCAGAUGGAAAAGGCCCAUGAGGACUCGGAGAAGCUGCGGGAGAUCGUGCUGCCCAUGGAGCAGGAGAUCGAGGAGCUGAAGGCGAAACUGCUGAGGGCCGAGGAGCUGAUCCAAGAGAUCCAGAGACGGCCCCGGCAUCCUCCUUCCCUGCACGGCUCCACGGAGUUGCUCCUGUCCCGGGACCCAUCUCCCCCGCUGGAACCUCUUGAGGAGCUGAGUGAGGACGGGGGCCCAGCGGCCGAGGCCUUUGCCCACAACUGUGACGACAGCGCCUCCAUCUCCUCCUUCUCCCUCGGCGGGGGGGCCAGCAGCAGCGCCUCCCUGCCCCGCAGCCGCCAGGGCCUGAGCCCUGAGCAGGAGGAGACAGCCUCUCUGGUGUCCACGGGCACCCUGGUCCCCGAAGGCAUCUAUCUGCCCCCUCCUGGUUACCAACUGGUCCCAGACAACCAGUGGGAGCAGCUGCAGUUGGAGGGGCGGCAGCUGCAGAAGGACCUGGAGAGCGUCACCCGAGAGCGGGACGAGCUGCAGGAGGGCCUGAGACGGAGCAAUGAGGACUGCGCCAAGCAGAUGCAAGUCCUCCUGGCUCAGGUCCAGAACUCAGAGCAGCUGCUGCGGACCCUGCAGGGAACCGUGAGCCAGGCGCAGGAGCGCGUUCAGCAGCAGAUGGCGGAGCUGGCCACCUCCCACAAGUGCCUGAGCCACGAGGUAAAGCGCCUGACGGAGGAGAACCAAGGGCUCCGCGCUGAGCAGCCGCCGUCUUCAGCCCCCCGGGGCCUGGAGCCGGAUGAGGGUGGGGAGGAGUCGCUGCCCAGCUCGCUGCCGGAGCUGCAGCAGCUGGUGCGCCGCACGCAGCAGGAGGCGCGGGCCCGCCAGCAGGCCCAGGAGCACGAGGCGGAGAGGCUGCGGAUUGAGAUCGUGACUCUACGGGAGGCGCUGGACGAGGAGACAGCGGCGAGGGCCAGCCUGGAGGGGCAGCUGAGGGUGCAGCGGGAGGAGACAGGUGAGAGGGAGGCCUCCCUGUGCAGCUUGAGGAUUGAGAUGGAGCGUGUCCUGGAGGAACAGAGCAAGGCCCAGCUCACAGACCUGCUCUCGGAGCAGCGGGCAAAGAUGCUGCGGCUGCAGGUGGAGUUGGAGACCAGUGAGCAGGUGCAGCGGGAUUUCGUACGACUGUCCCAGGCCCUGCAGGUGCGCCUGGAACGGAUCCGCCAGGCAGAGAGCCUGGAGCAGGUGCGCGGCAUCAUAGAUGAGGCGCCCCUUCGGGACGUCAGGGACAUCAAGGACACCUGA